AACCUUCAUUCUGCAUCAGUGAGCUUUGAACAAAGUGAGUGCAUUUGCUUGCGAGAAGAAGAGAGAGGCUAAGAUGAUUACUGAGGCUGUUGUUUCCUUUGUCAUAGAAAAACUUGGAGAUCUCCUUGUCCACCAAGGAGCCGCCCUCCUCGAAGAAAGUGGUCAGGUCGAAUGGCUAAAAGGAGAAUUGGAGUGGAUGCAGGCCUUCUUAAAAGAUGCAGAUACGAAACAAAAUGAUGCAAGGGUGAAGAAAUGGGUGGCUGAUGUAAGAGACAUUUCUUACAAAGCGGAGGAUGCCAUCGACACCUUCAUCUUUCAAAUAGAACAAAGCAGAAGAAGAGGGUCAAUCAGUUACAUACAGAAUUUCACUUCCUUUGUUGGCGAACCUAUUGCUCGGCAACAGCUACGCAAGAUGAUCGAAGUGAUAAAGAGUGAACUCUUUGAGAUCGGCCGGAGAAGAAAGACUUACGGCAUCAUAAGUCUCAGAAAAGGUGGAGAAGGAAGCAGUUCCAUGGGCGAAAGUCUGCGGGAGCAAAGGCGAACCUCUCCUCUACUAGAAGAUACAGAAAUAGUCGGUUUCCAAGAAGACAUAAUAACGUUGGUGGCACGGUUGAUCGAGGGCGAGUCGCGGCGCUGCGUGAUUUCUGUCGUCGGAAUGGGUGGUCUAGGCAAGACUACUCUCACCAGGAAAGUUUAUAAUCAUGAUGCUGUUAAGCAGAAUUUUGAUUGUUGUGCAUGGAUCUAUGUAUCUCAAGAAUAUGAUGCAAGGGAUCUUUUGCAGAGGAUUAUGGGAUGCUUUCUGAUUCACACUGGAAGAGAAAUGGACGAAACGCAGAUGAGGGAGAGUAUUUUUGAGCAUUUGAAGCACAAGAGAUAUUUUGUGGUGGUAGAUGAUAUAUGGAAGACGGAGGCAUGGGAUGCUUUAGCAGCUGCCUUUCCGGACAUGAAUAACGGAAGUCGGGUCAUACUUACCACUCGCAACAGAGACGUAGCUUUACAUGCAGACACCCAGAGCUGUGUUCAUGAUCUGAAACUUCUAAAAACAGAUGAGAGCUGGAAAUUGUUUUGUCAGAAGAUAUUCUUCGAGCAAAAUAGCAGUUGCCCCCAAGAUUUAGAGAGGCUGGGAAAGGAGAUUGUGGCAAAAUGUCACGGUCUACCUCUGGCAGUUGUGGUCGUUGGAGGGCUCUUAUCGAGGAAAGCAAGGCUCCCAAGUCAGUGGGAGAAGGUACUGAAAAGCCUUUGCUGGCCAUCUGUUGAAGGCCAAGCACAAAUUUCAAGGAUAUUAGCUUUAAGCUAUGAAGAUCUACCCUAUUACUUGAAGCCAUGCUUUCUCUAUUUAGGAGUUUAUCCAGAAGACCACAGGUUCUCUGCUAAGGAGUUGAUUUGGUUAUGGGUUGCGGAAGGAUUUGUACAUUCAGAAGAGGCCAAAACAUUGGAGGAAGUAGGAGAAGAUUGCCUAGAGGAUCUCAUCCAGAGAAGCCUAAUUCAAAUAGUGGAAAGAAGUUCCAUCGGGGGAAUUAAAAGCUGCAUCAUCCACGAUCUUCUUCGAGAUCUCUCACUCUUAAAAGCCAAGGAAGAAAAUUUUCUCAACGUCAACACUGCGGGCGCAAGAUGUCUCUCUCCUAAAGCACGUCGACUUGCUAUGCAUCAUGGCAACUUUAUGAACGCUUUUUUAAGCGACUUCCCUCUGAACCUUCGUUCUAUUAUUUGGUUCAUCUCAGGGCAAUAUUAUUUUCAACAACAUCAACAGAAGUUAAUUUUCGGAGGCUUUCGAUUGCUUAGGGUGUUACAUAUCAGUCAUCGUGGCAUACCGAUAGAGGCAGAAGAGGUUCCGAAAGAAAUAGGUACACUUAUCCACUUGAGAUACCUUGCAAUGACGGUAAAGGUAGUGACUCGAACAGGAGAAAGCCUACCAUCGUCGAUGGCCAAUCUAUGCAACUUGCAAACACUAGUUGUACGUUUAACUAUUUCCUGUUAUUCAGUCCACAUUCCUAUUGAUAUUUGGAACAUGCAACAGCUAAGGCACGUACGUGUAGGGUGGGGGGCAUUUACUUGUGAAGGGUCUACACUAGCCGAGCAGACUGCAGAUGAACUCAGCCUUCCAAGCAACCUACAAAGUCUAACAAAUAUUCGGGCAGGCGACUGGAUAGAGAAUUACUUGCAAAAGCUCAUUAACCUUAGGACACUAAAAAUAGACGAAGUAGAUUCAAGUAGGCAUGGAGAGGGAUUGUUCGACUCUAUUCCCAAAUUGGACCACCUCCAGUCUCUGAAGCUAAAAGGUGUAUGUCUAAUCCCAUUUCCGCCAAUUUUAAAUCUGCUGCAUUUGUUUAAGCUGCAUUUGGACGGAAGGUUAGAGAAGCUACCCGAGUCUCAUGAAUUCUCACCAAAUCUCACCAAGCUUACCUUGUUCUGGUCUGAGUUAAAGCAAGACCCUAUGACGACACUGGAGAAACUAGCAAACCUUCGGGUUCUCAGAUUGGAGUAUCGUUCAUACUUGGGAAAGGAAAUGGUAUGCUCUCGGCAAGGGUUUCCUCGCCUUGAGUUCUUGGCAAUUAGAGACUUGAAUGAUUUAGAGGAAUGGAGAGUUGAGGAAGGAGCGAUGCCGAGUCUUUUACGGUUACAGAUGCUUCGAUCCCUUAAAUUGAAGAUGCUUCCAGAAGGAUUGCAGCAUGUGACUACCCUCAAGAAAUUGGAGACAUCUAGUUUGCCUUAUAGUUUCACAAAGAGGCUUCGAAAAGAUGAGGGAGAGGAUUGGUAUAAGAUUCAACACAUACCCUCCAUCGACAUUGUGACAAAGUUGGUCCUUGUAUAUGAUAUUUGCCUUUACAGCAUGCGUAACUCUUUAGCUGCAGUAGGGACAUUGACCGGCAGAUUAGAAGCUUGUUUCUGUAGGGUUUUUGGCGCAUCUUCCAUCUAUGGCAGAGCUUAUCAAAUUGAAGUUUGUAUCUCACAAUUGCUGGCCCUACUUAAAUUUGUACGUUCAAUAGGGGCGGAAACAUUGGAGGAAGCUGCAGAAGAUUGCCUCCUGGAGCUAAUCCAAAGAUGCUUGAUUCAAAUGCUGAAAAGAAGCUCCAUUGGGACACUUAAAUGCUGUUGCAUCCAUGAUCUUCUUCGAGAUCUCUCCAUUUCAAAAGCCAAAGAAGAAAAUUUUCUCCAUGUCACAAAUUCUCAGUCUCCCUGUACAGCACGUCGACUUGCCAUUCAUCAUAUCAACCGUAAGUACACUUCUUUAGACCACUCCACUCGACACCUUCGUUCUAUUAUUUGGUUCAGCCCAGAGGCAAAAUUCCUCAAACAAAAUCACCAGAAGUUGUUUUUUGGAGGCUUUCAAUUUCUUAGGGUGUUACAUCUACAUAACAUAGGGAUAGAAGAGGUUCCAUAUGAAAUAGGUACACUUAUCCACUUGAGAUGCCUUGGUGUGAUGGGAUACUCAAAACCCUUGUCACUGUCAAUAACCAAUCUAUGCAACUUGCAAACACUACACAUAGGUAGACUAGGUAUGGACACUUCAAUCGACAUACCUAGUGAUAUCUGGAAAAUGCAAAAACUUAGGCAUGUACGCUUAGAGGGAAAAUUUACAGAUGGAAUGUCUAAAUCAGGCGGGCUGUCCGUUAAAGAAAGCAGUUUUCCAUACAACCUACAAACUUUAAAAACUAUUUGGGCAGGCGACUGGAUAGAAGAUUGCUUGGAAAAGCUGACUGAUCUUAGAAAAUUAGGAAUAGCGGGAGUAGAUUUAACUAGGCAUGGAAAGGGGUUGCUCGACUCUAUUACCAAAUUAGAGAACCUCCAAUCUCUGAUGCUAAGAGGUGUGAAUCUAAACCCACUUCCGCCAAUUUUAUAUAGGCUGCAUCUGUAUAAGCUGUGUUUGAAUGGAAGGUUAGGGAAGCUACCUGAGUCUCAUGAAUUCUCACCAAAUCUCACCAAGCUCACCUUGGAACACUCCGAUUUAAAGCAAGACCCAAUGAUGGUACUAGAGAAACUAAUGAACCUUCGGGUACUCAGAUUGCGUUUUUCUUCAUACUCGGGAAGGGAAAUGGUCUGCUCUGCACAAGGGUUUCCUCGACUUGAGUCCUUGGAGGCUCAAACCUUAGUUUAUUUGGAGGGGUGGAGAGUUGAAGAAGGAGCGAUGCCGUGUCUUUUACAUUUACAUAUUUAUCAAUGCCCACGAUUGAAAAUGCUUCCAGAAGGAUUGCAGCAUGUGACUUCCCUCAGGAAAUUAGAGAUAACAUUAAUGCCUCACAGAUUCAUAGGAAGGCUUCGAGAAGAUGGGGGAGAGGAUUUGCAUAAGAUUCAACACAUACCCUCCAUCGACAUAAAACGUUCAUUUUGAGCAAGGAACGGGUAACUGAUAUUCAUUCCCAUCGCAACGAAAAAUCUUCUUGCGAAGAGAAGACAGAUGUCCCAGCUAAUGCAAUCUGGAGCACCUUAUGUCCAAGCUAUUAUAUCAUCAGGAGCACCUUCCACCGAAAUAUGCUCCACCUGGAUCUGAAGAUAAAUAUUGAGAUGUGGAAUUGUUGUUGUUACUGGCAAUCAAAGACAGGCAUUUGUUCAUCGUUUCAGACUGAUUCAGGUCAUCUCACAGCAAGGCAGGUGAGAUAAACUACUUUCAUUUUAUCUCUCCAUUCCAUUCAUAUUUUCAACUACAGUCAUUACCAUUUUAAAUUCCAAGUUUCUUCAUUGUUAUGCCAUUAAUUUUUAUUUUUUUUCAGUUUGUACAAGUUGGGCUCCUUUUUUUCAGAUUUUUGGUGCAUAGACCAUAAUAUCAGCAUUUUAGGCCACUGAACAAUGGCCCACUUGUAAAAGCUGAAAAAUCAAUUGUGUACUACCUCAUGUGUGUCAUGCAUGCUAACUGUUGGAUGAAAUGGCUAAAC